AGCUAUUUGUGCUUGAGCGUCUGCGCAAAGGGCUCGAGGAGGGUCGCGGCCGCCGCGGGAUGCGGCGCGAGCCUGGCCAGCCCGAUGCCCAAUGUGGCGGCGAAGGCGAGGCCCGACCCAAAGAAUUUCCGUUUCGUCGAUAAGAAGAGUGAGCAUUUGGCAAAGUUGCCCGGGGAGAUCGGUGGUCUUGACUUUCUAGUCGACGGGUGCGAAGAUUGCGACAUUUUCCUCUUGGACAACACCUCGCAGGUAUUUGUGGAUUAUUGCAAGCGGUGCUCAAUCACCAUCGGUCCCGUCAGCGGCUCCGUGUUCUUUCGGAAUUGCGAGGGUUGCCAAAUCAAGGUGGCAUGCGGCCAGAUGCGCACCCGGGACUGCUUAGACUGCAACAUACUGGUGUUGGUGCCUGGACGGCCUACCAUCGAGGCCUCUAGGGGCAUGCGCUUCGGCCCGCUGUUGACCGCGUACGAGGGCUUCGAGGGGCAAAUGCAGGGGAACGAGAAAAUUUUUUAUGCUUAUGCUGUUUUUCCUGACCCCAAAGUGGAGGCCAGCGGUCUCGCGAGGCGCUUCGAGGAGGGCGGCGAGGCCUGCCACUGGCGGAACGUCUACGACUUCAGCUCCAACGACCCCGCCUGCGGCAACUGGUCUGCGCUCUCGCGCCGAGAGGCACAGGCCGUGCUGGCCAGCUUCCCGGCCGCACCGGUGGGCGAGGGCCCGCCCCUGCGCUUCCCCAGCGACCGCUUCCCGGAGGACCCGGCCAGCGGCGGCGCCGCGGCCCCCGCCGCGGCGGCCCGAGGCCAGGCAGCCAGG